GUGGUGGUAGUUGUUUCUGUUUUUUUAUGUAUUUUCAGUAAGAGUUUUCAUUAAGGAGUUUAAAUAAAAAGAAUAAAACUGUUUACAAGUGUUAGUCCUUUCCUCAGAAGAAAGGGAAAGGACAUUUAAGACAGUUUCAGAGACUGUUUUGGAGACAUUUUCGGAGCCUGAAAAUGUACAUUAAACAGGUGAUUAUACAGGGAUUCAGAAGUUACAGGGAUCAAACAGUCGUUGAUCCUUUCAGCCCAAAACACAAUGUUAUUGUUGGUCGAAAUGGAUCUGGAAAGAGUAACUUUUUCUAUGCCAUCCAGUUUGUCCUCAGUGAUGAGUUCAGUCAUCUUCGACCUGACCAGAGGCUGGCCUUGUUACAUGAAGGUACUGGUCCUCGUGUUAUUUCUGCGUUUGUGGAAAUCAUAUUUGACAAUUCAGACAAUAGACUGCCGAUUGACAAAGAGGAAGUUUCACUGCGGAGGGUUAUUGGAGCAAAGAAAGAUCAGUACUUCUUGGACAAAAAAAUGGUGACAAAAAAUGAUGUCAUGAAUCUUCUGGAGAGUGCAGGCUUUUCUCGAAGUAAUCCUUAUUAUAUUGUCAAGCAAGGAAAGAUUAAUCAAAUGGCUACAGCCCCUGACUCUCAGCGUCUUAAACUGCUUAGAGAAGUAGCAGGAACGAGGGUAUAUGAUGAGCGAAAGGAAGAGAGUAUCUCCCUUAUGAAAGAAACUGAGGGAAAAAGAGAGAAAAUUAAUGAGCUCCUGAAGUACAUUGAAGAGCGUCUACACACACUAGAAGAUGAAAAAGAAGAAUUGGCUCAGUACCAGAAAUGGGACAAAAUGAGACGAGCACUAGAGUACACUAUCUACAACCAAGAGCUGAACGAGACACGAGCAAAACUUGAUGAGAUAUCCACAAAACGAGAAACUUGUGGGGAUAAAUCAAGACAGUUGCGAGAUGCUCAGCAGGAUGCUCGAGACAAAGUAGAGGAGGCUGAGCGGCAGGUGCGAGAAUUAAAAUCCAAAAUAUCUGCUAUGAAAGAAGAAAAGGAACAGUUAAGUGCGGAAAGACAGGAACAAAUUAAACAAAGAACCAAACUAGAGCUGAAGGCAAAGGAUCUGCAGGAUGAACUUGCUGGAAACAGUGAGCAAAGGAAAAGAUUACUGAAGGAAAGACAGAAACUUCUUGAAAAAAUCGAAGAAAAACAGAAAGAGCUCCAAGAAACAGAACCAAAAUUUAACGCCGUCAAGGAAAAGGAAGAAAAAGGAAUUGCCAGGCUUGCACAGGCAACGCAAGAGAGAACAGAUCUUUAUGCAAAGCAGGGUCGUGGCAGUCAGUUUACUUCAAAGGAAGAGAGAGAUAAGUGGAUUAAAAAGGAAUUAAAAUCUCUUGAUCAAGCAAUUAAUGACAAAAAGCGUCAAAUUGCAGCUAUUCACAAAGAUUUGGAAGACACAGAAGCCAACAAGGAGAAAAAUCUCGAGCAAUAUACAAAACUUGACCAAGAUCUUAACGAAGUAAAGACCCGUGUAGAGGAGCUGGACAGAAAAUACUAUGAGGUGAAGAACAGAAAGGAUGAACUGCAGAGUGAAAGAAAUUAUCUCUGGAGGGAAGAAAAUGCUGAACAGCAGGCCCUGGCUGCAAAACGAGAGGACCUUGAGAAAAAACAGCAGCUUCUACGUGCUGCAACAGGAAAAGCAAUUUUGAAUGGCAUUGACAGCAUUAAUAAAGUGCUUGAACACUUUAGAAGAAAAGGUAUUAAUCAGCAUGUCAUUAAUGGAUACUAUGGGAUUGUCAUGAAUAAUUUUGAAUGUGAACCUGCCUUCUAUACAUGUGUUGAGGUCACUGCCGGAACAAGGUUGUUCUACCACAUUGUGGAAACUGAUGAAGUUAGUACAAAAAUUCUCAUGGAGUUUAAUAAAAUGAAUCUUCCUGGUGAAGUGACUUUCCUGCCACUAAGCAAACUGGAUGUUCGAGAUACUGCAUACCCAGAGACCAAUGAUGCUAUUCCAAUGAUAAGUAAACUAAGGUACAAUCCAAAGUUUGACAAGGCUUUUAAACAUGUAUUUGGAAAAACUUUGAUUUGCCGAAGCAUGGAAGUUUCUACUCAGCUGGCACGAGCAUUCACCAUGGAUUGCAUUACACUUGAAGGUGACCAAGUCAGUCAUCGAGGCGCAUUAACAGGAGGUUAUUAUGACACUAGGAAGUCCCGACUAGAACUUCAGAAAGAUGUGCGAAAAGCAGAGGAAGAGUUAUCGGAUCUAGAAGCCAAACUGAAUGAAAACCUCAGAAGGAACAUUGAACGGAUCAAUAAUGAAAUUGAUCAAUUAAUGAACCAGAUGCAGCAAAUAGAGACACAGCAAAGGAAGUUCAAAGCCUCUCGAGAUAGCAUUCUCUCAGAAAUGAAAAUGCUAAAGGAAAAAAGGCAGCAGUCAGAAAAGACAUUCAUGCCAAAGCAACGUAGCUUGCAGAGCUUGGAGGCUAGUUUACAUGCCAUGGAGUCAACUCGAGAGUCCUUAAAAGCAGAGUUGGGAACGGAUUUGUUGUCUCAGCUUAGUUUAGAGGACCAGAGACGAGUUGAUGAUCUUAACGACGAAAUUCGACAGCUUCAGCAGGACAAUCGGCAGUUAUUAAAUGAGAGAAUUAAAUUGGAAGGUAUAAUGACCAGAGUGGAAACGUACCUGAAUGAAAAUCUACGAAAGCGUCUGGACCAAGUUGAACAGGAACUGAAUGAAUUAAGAGAAACUGAAGGAGGCACAGUCCUCACUGCUACUACUUCAGAACUGGAGGCUAUAAACAAACGUGUGAAGGAGACUAUGGCACGAUCAGAUGAUCUUGAUGGACUGAUUGACAAGACAGAAAUUGAGAUUAAAGAACUUCAGAAGAGUGUGGAACGGUGGAAAACUAUAGAGAAAGAACAGAAUGACGCUAUUAAUCAUGAUACUAAAGAGCUGGAGAAAAUGACAAACCGACAAGGAAUGCUGUUGAAGAAAAAAGAAGAGUGCAUGAAGAAAAUAAGAGAACUUGGUUCCCUUCCUCAGGAGGCCUUCGAAAAAUACCAGACUCUUACAUUGAAACAAUUAUUCCGAAAAUUGGAACAGUGCAACACAGAACUGAAGAAAUACAGCCAUGUUAAUAAGAAAGCUUUGGACCAGUUUGUGAACUUCUCUGAACAAAAGGAAAAACUGAUAAAAAGACAAGAGGAGUUAGACCGUGGUUACAAAUCUAUUAUGGAAUUAAUGAAUGUUCUUGAACUUAGAAAAUAUGAAGCUAUUCAACUAACAUUCAAGCAGGUGUCCAAAAAUUUCAGUGAGGUUUUCCAAAAGUUGGUUCCUGGAGGAAAGGCCACACUUGUAAUGAAGAAGGGGGAUACUGAAGGAGGACAAUCUCAGGAUGAAGGAGAAGGUGGAGGUGAUGGUGAAAGAGGAUCAGGGUCACAAAGCAGUGUUCCCUCUGUAGAUCAGUUCACUGGAGUUGGGAUUAGGGUUUCAUUUACUGGAAAACAAGGAGAAAUGAGAGAAAUGCAACAACUCUCUGGUGGACAGAAGUCUCUGGUGGCCCUUGCACUUAUAUUCGCCAUUCAGAAAUGUGACCCUGCUCCUUUUUACCUGUUUGAUGAAAUUGACCAGGCUUUGGAUGCUCAGCAUAGAAAGGCUGUAUCAGAUAUGAUUGUUGAAUUGGCAGAGCAUGCCCAGUUUAUUACAACAACAUUCAGACCUGAGCUUUUGGAGUCUGCUGAUAAAUUUUAUGGGGUGAAGUUCAGAAACAAGGUAAGUCACAUCGAUGUCAUAUCAGCAGAACAAGCAAAGGAUUUUGUAGAGGAUGACACCACCCAUGGAUAAGAAGUAAUUAAAAUGUGCCAAAUCACAUGAAUAGUCUGCGCCAUGCGUCAGUUUUGUGUAUGUGUUUAUCUGUUUUCAGGCAUUCAGAAAAUAUAAACUGUCGAGCAAUCUUUGCUCAGCCUGUUUGAUGUACAUUUUUCCAUAAUCUUUGUUUUAAAUACUAUGACCGCUACUGAGAAAAAUGUUUAUCUUGGUCAUAAUCUUAUCAAGAAAAGAUUUGUACUGAGUUUCAUAGCUAAUGACCACGUACGAAAAACUUGUUAAAUUUACAAUAUUUUAAAAUUUUUAAGUAAGCAGAUCUGUCAUUCAGAGGUUUUUGUUUCCCUUUGUAAUGUGCAUUUACUGUUUGCAUCUAUUUUACCCAGUGUUUUGGCUGUUGUAGACAUUCAAAUUGUAACAUACAUUUAUCUGUUCUGUAGUUUGCACUUGCUAAAUUUUUAUAUAAUUUGCUUUUUUCUCGUUUGUAAUGUUAAUAUUUCUACUGUAUUUGCUUUUCCAAGUGUAAACAAUUUCAAUAAAAUAUAUCUGCUUGAGUGAUAAA